GGGGUGUGUGUGUCCUUUUCUCCCUUCUGCCUGCCUUUCUUUCUUUUCUCCUUGAUUUAUUUCCCCCUCUCUCAGGUCAUCCCAUGGUUUUCAGAUCCCCUUUAGAGCUUUAUCCCACCCAUUUCUUCUUGCCAAACUUCACCACCGACCCGCAUCACCGCUCCUUACUUCUCGCCAGUAGCAGCAGCAGCAGCAGCAGCACGGGCUGCAGCCCGGGUGCUGGCGGCGGUGGAGGAGGCAGCUCCAGGGGACCGCAAGAAGAGUUGUCAAUGUUUCAGCUGCCCACACUCAACUUCUCCCCGGAACAAGUGGCCAGUGUCUGCGAGACGCUGGAGGAGACUGGAGACAUCGAGCGGCUGGGGAGGUUCCUCUGGUCGCUGCCCGUGGCGCCAGGGGCAUGCGAGGCCAUCAACAAGCACGAGUCAAUCCUCAGAGCCCGGGCGGUUGUGGCCUUCCACACCGGCAACUUCCGAGACCUCUAUCACAUCCUGGAGAACCACAAAUUCACCAAGGAGUCCCAUGGCAAGCUGCAGGCCAUGUGGCUUGAAGCGCAUUACCAGGAGGCCGAGAAGCUGAGGGGUCGCCCACUAGGGCCGGUUGAUAAAUACAGGGUGAGAAAGAAGUUCCCGCUGCCUAGGACCAUCUGGGAUGGAGAGCAGAAGACGCACUGCUUCAAGGAGAGGACUCGCAGCCUCCUCAGGGAGUGGUACCUGCAAGACCCCUACCCCAACCCCAGCAAGAAAAGGGAACUGGCGCAGGCCACCGGCCUCACCCCCACGCAAGUAGGCAACUGGUUCAAAAACCGAAGGCAAAGAGACAGAGCAGCCGCUGCUAAAAACAGGCUCCAGCACCAGGCGAUAGGACAGAGCGGCAUGCGGUCGCUGGCAGAGCCCGGCUGCCCUACACACAACUCGGCCGAGUCUCCGUCCACGGCGGCCAGUCCUACCACCAGCGUCUCCAGUUUGACAGAACGAGCCGAGACGGGGACCUCCAUCCUCUCGGUGACCUCCAGCGACUCGGAAUGUGACGUAUGAUACCGGCAAACAAGCCAAACCAACCAGCCAAGCACCCGCUCCCCGACCCAGACCAAGGGCCCCAGAAUCAGGACACACAGACACACACUCAGCAAGAGAAACGCAAAGCAAACGCGUAAACAAUAGCAAACAAACAAACAAAAAGCGAAUCCACCGUCGCCACCAACAGCCACCGCCGCCACCAAGAGAUGGAGCUAAAACUUCAACAGACAGUCGCUGACACUGAGGCUGCAGCGGGGGGAAUAAUAAUAAUUAUAUUAAAAAAGUGACAAUUGCAUUCUUUUUAGGACAAGCACGAUUUCUCCUUUGCGCUUUUCCAUGGACGCAUUUCACCCACUUGCAUGAUAAUGAUGCUGAUGAUUAAAUUUGUAUCUGGGAAAAAAAUAUUCUCUAUAGUAAAGAAACAAAAACAAAAAACAAACAAACAAAAACUCCGAUCGAAUUUGUAUAAAAACAAUAAAAAUAAAAAAAAUUAAAAGGAACUCCUUGAAGAGGGAAAUAACAAAUGUUUAUCGCCUUUUUGUUGGUUCUCUUUCUCUCUCUCUCUCUCUCCCUUCCCCCUCUCUUUCUCUCUGUUUUUAAGUCCAAGUGAUGGUCCAGCCAAGAUGCAAUCUUCUGUUUUUUUGUUCAGCAGACAAUCAUUUUAUUCGUAAGCACCUUUUUUUCUACACUUCUGUCACUGCCUGUGUGGGUACUGGUUAUAAAUGUGGAAAAAGAAUAGUUAUGACUGUAACAGAUUUUUAUUUUUAUUUCAAAAUUUUAUAUGAAUUAUGUAUAUCUUAAUGAUGCGGUCAUUUCCCCAGUUUGUAAUAUAUGUGUAGAAAUGCCUGUAUAUGAUAUUUGCUCUUUUCUUCCUUUUUCCCUCUCUCUCGCUCUCUCUCUCUGUCUCCACCUCUCUCUCCUUUUUAUUUUCCUUGACUUGGUGUUCCUUGCACAAACUUAGCUGUCACGAGGUGACGUGCUAGGUUUUAAAAAGGGACCUCAGCGAUAGAAAACAGCUUAGAGUGCAACUGUAGUUAUCUUAUGCAAAAGCUAUUUUGAGUAUUUCAUAGCAGCUUUGGGGUCUCUUCUUAAACUCCACGUAGGACGCUUAUACUAUUGUUUCCUUAACUGAGUGUUUAUCUAUAUGUACAAACUUUCUAAAUCAAAUACAGUAUUCCAUUUUCUUAUCUAUUCAGCGAUGUUGGUGUUUUUGUCUAUUGCAAAUUAUAUAUCUAUAUCUAUAUAUUACCCCCCACACCCUAACUGAGAAAUUAUUUUUCAAGCUUCGCUUGGUCAGGUGAGCCACUAUGAAUUAUUCAAGUUUAUAUGUGCUGAAGCGCUCAGGCUGGUUAGCAAUGCACGCCAGUGGAAUCUGGAAUUUACUUGUGUGUAUAUAACAGCGAGGCGAGUUUGGCUUUUUUGUUUGUUUUUGGUUUGAAUUUCUAUGUGUUUUGAAGUAAAGUUCUGUGUUUGUCGCACAUUUAAAAUUAAUUUAAAAAUAAUAUAAAAUAACUUUGCAUUAAAAGUCUGCCUUAGUGAAAUGAACAGUGUCUGUAAAGGGGAAGGAAAAGAAAACAUCACUUUUGUAUAGGCAAACUUUGCCCCCUUGAUUUGAUAUAACCACUGCUCUGACUGUGUUUCCAAGACACAGUGAUGUCAUUUCAAUCCUGCUUUCACACCACUGGCUCAAACAUUUUUUUCAAAAAACUCUGAGCCUAAAUGAUCACUUUGCCCAUCUAUUGGGAUUAGCAGGUUUCUCCAUUUAAGAUGUUUAAGAUGUUUUAGUAUUUGUUUGUAGCUUUAAAUGAAAACAAAAACUAUAAACUACUCUCCCUAAUCAGGUUUCAGCUCCUCCCCUCGAAUCCUAAGUAUAUUGUAAUGUGCUGAAAGAAGCCUUUAUUUGCAUGACUAACAGUAUUCCAGCAUCACCUUUUGCAUUAAAGUUUUGCUUAGCCCCAGGCAGAUUAUUCAACCGUGAAUUAACAAGAGGUGAAUUCUAAACUUGUUUUUACUUGAAAAUACAUUUUUGAAACUUAUUAGGAUUAGUGAGAAACGUGCCUGGAAUUUCUUGACCAUUCCAGAACUAAUUUUGACUUCCGAUUUGACUUUGUUUUGGCUGCAUUUUUUCCUCUAUUUGAAGGUCCGGGCUAGUUGAAUAGGAAGCUCCUGAAAUUUUAGGGAAAACUAUAGGCAUUUCCAAAAGGAAACUCUACGGGGAGAAAGAAAAGUCCAUGCCCUGUAGUUUGGAAUUUAAUUCAAAGAACAUUAUUGAUUAUUUUGAAAAUAAGCUGAAAUGCAAAUAUAUUUAUAGAUCUUUUCAGAAAAUCCUAUGUGUAUUUACUCAGCUUCCUUUCAGCACAAACAGUUGUUGGGAACAUAUUUAUUACCAUUGAUAUUUUUGAGGGAAGAUUGCCCAAAAGCUUUAAAUGAAGGACUAGUUAAGAAACAGUCUUUGGAACAGACCUGUGUGAUCACUUGAAAUGCUACCGAGAAAGAAAGCGAGAAAAGGAGUCUGUGGAAUGUUUCUCUUUAUCGUUUAUGGUCAUCGACAUUAAGCUGUACCCUGUUACCUGGAAGACUUCCAAUCAGAACGCCUUUAUUUUGCUGCUCUGUUAUCAUACACGUCACGGAGUAAAGUGGACUGGAAUCUAUUUAGACGCGUUUAGGAAUUGUCCCGUAAUAGUGAAACUCAGUGAAUUUGCUCACCUACAUUUAAAAUCCUAUCUGCACCCUUUCUCUACCCAACUCCCUGAGAGAGAAAAAUCCUCUGCUAAGGAGAAAUAAUAAAAACAAUUCUCAGAUGCGUUCAGCGUUUACACUUGCACGUGCAUUCCCGUUUUUAUUCAAAUGAAAAGUGCAUUUGAAUUUUACAGAAUUUGAAAUGUGCAUCGUUGUAUAGGUACACCCUAUUUAAUACUCAGGCAUGGACAAAACAAUAACAGCGUUCUGUUAACUUAACAAAUAACUUGAAUCUAAUAGACUGCAAAUUAGUUUUGCUAAAUUAAUUGCAUAUUUAGCAGCAUAGACGGAUUUUUUAAAUAAAAAAUAACGUGGCGCAUGCAAAACUAGCGUUGAUUUGAAGAUGUGAGAAAGAGAAUCGUAUUAUAUCGCAUGAGGAUAUUAAAUUUUAUUAUUCGUCCUUCAUCUUCCCCGUGCAGAUUCAAAGAUCAGGAAAAAUACUAACAUGGGGCAACAUACUUCAAAAGUAUCCGCAACUUCACAGGCAGCCGGCGUUUGAAUUGAGCCAUUUAUAACUGUUUUCUUCGUCAACCCCAAUAUGUGUUAGCAAGGAGCAAAGGCCCUUGUAGAAAAAAAUCACAGCAUCUAGGAGUUACUCAAGAUCAUUGCCAGGGCAGCUAUCGACAAUAUUUAUAAAUUUUUAAAAGUGCAAUAUUUCUAUUUCUCUUUUUGAUGAGUCUCAUUAUGCCUCUGCUAUUUGUAACAGAAUUAAAUACCUGGAAAGAU